AUGGAAGCGCCACAAGUCAACGAGAAAGUGGCGACGCUUGACCCAGUCAUGGUUGAAGAUGUCGACGAGGUUUUGACCGAGGAAGAGAAGUCCAGGCUUGACCGCCAACUGGUUCGAAAGCUGGAUCUCAAAUUGAUCCCUUGGCUCACACUGCUGUACCUGGCAUCUUUCUUGGAUCGCACGAAUGUCGGCAAUGCAAAGAUCGAGGGGCUGCAGGAAGACUUGAAGAUGACCAACAACCAAUAUAACCUUGGGCUGGCGAUAUUCUUCAUUGUGUACGCCAUCUUCGAGCCGUUGACCAACGUUCUGUUGAAACGCUUGCGGCCGAGUGUUUUCAUUCCUGUAAUCACGAUCGCGUGGGGAAUUUGCACGACGACUCUUGGUCUGGUGCAUAAUUUUGGAGGGUUCUUGACGACUCGUGCCUUCCUAGGUCUGACUGAGGGAGGUCUCUAUCCCGCUGUCAUCUACUUUCUGUCGUGCUGGUACAAGCGAUCCGAGCUUGGGAUUAGAAUGGCUUUCUUCGUCUCUGCUGCUAGUUUGGCAGGUUCCUUUGGGAGCUUAUUAGCUGCAGCUAUUGCAAAGAUGGACGGGGUAGGGGGUAAAGCCGGCUGGGCCUGGAUCUUUAUCCUUGAAGGUUUGGCAACUGUUGUCCUAGGCGUCAUCUCUUUCUGGAUGGUCCACGACUUCCCUGACAAGGCGACCUUCCUGUCUGAUGCGGAGCGCAAACGCGUCAUCCGACGACUAACGAUUGACCAGCAAUCCAGCGUACACGAUGAAAGCUGGAACAAACAAUACUUGGUGGCUUCUCUAACUGAUUGGAAGACUUAUAUCGGUGCGCUGACCUAUACCGGAGCUGGCGCAUCCACAUACGCCUUUUCGUUAUUUCUCCCGACCGUAAUCAAGGAACUAGGAUACACCUCGACCAGGGCUCAAUUGCUUAGUGUCCCACCGUACGCUCUUGCCGCCAUCAUGUCUGUCGCAAUCGGGUACCUCGCAGACCGCACACGCGCUCGAGGCAUCUGCAAUAUUUGUAUGGCCCUCAUCGCCGCUGGAGGAUUUUCCAUGCUGUUAGGUGCCGAGGCAGCUGGAACCCGAUAUGCUGGUGUUUUCCUUGGUGCGAUGGGAUUGUAUCCAUGUCUUGCUAACACUCUCACCUGGUUGAGCAACAAUCUUGAAGGGGUCUACAAACGGGGCCUCACAUUAGGCAUUGUCAUCAUGUGGAAUAACCUCAAUGGCACUGUCUCCGCGAAUAUUUACCGCGGCAGCGACGCGCCAGACUUUCCCACUGGUCACGGUGUGGUGCUGGGCUACAUCACGGUCUUUCUUCUCGGAGGGUCUAUCAUUCAAACUUUGAUGUUGCGUGCCGAGAACCGAAAGCGUGCCACAUGA